CCAGAUGCAGGAGAGAGCGUCCAUAGUUUCAGUUCCAAGCAACUGGUGGCAACAGGUUCGCAUUUAAGAUGGCGGGGACAGCGCGCCACGACCGAGAGAUGGCGGUCCAGGCCAAGAAAAAGCUCACCACGGCCACCGACCCCAUUGAGCGGCUCCGGCUGCAGUGCCUGGCCCGGGGCUCCGCGGGCAUCAAAGGACUUGGCAGAGUGUUUCGAAUCAUGGAUGACAAUAAUAACCGAACUCUUGAUUUCAAAGAAUUCGUGAAAGGGUUAAAUGACUACGCGGUGGUCAUGGAAAAGGAGGAGGCAGAGGAGCUUUUCCGGAGGUUCGAUAAAGACGGAAAUGGAACAAUAGACUUCAACGAGUUUCUGCUCACCUUGAGACCCCCAAUGUCCAGAGCCAGAAGAGAGGUGAUUAUGCAAGCGUUCCGCAAGUUAGACAAGACUGGAGACGGCGUCAUAACCAUUGAAGACCUCCGGGGGGUGUACAACGUGAAACACCAUCCCAAGUACCAGAACGGAGACUGGUCUGAGGAACAAGUGUUCCGGAAAUUUCUGGAUAACUUUGAUUCCCCCUAUGACAAAGACGGAUUGGUGACCCCCGAGGAGUUUAUGAACUACUACGCAGGGGUGAGCGCGUCCAUCGACACCGAUGUGUAUUUCAUCAUCAUGAUGAGAACCGCCUGGAAGCUCUAAAUGUUUCAGAAGAAGACUUUUUGAACUAUUACGCUGGUGUUAGUGCUUCUAUUGACACCGACGCCUAUUUCAUUUUAAUGAUGAGAAAAUCCUGGAGAUUAUGACUUCUGUCUGUUAAUUCCUUUGGAAACCAGGGACUCUUGGAGAGUGGGAUGAGUUUGAAAGAAGUCCAAUGCUCUAGAUUUUAAUAAGGUGUGAACCAAAGUUUCUGAACCAUCUGGAAUUGUAAAAGCAAUAGAUCUCCAGUUAUCUUACUUAAUUACCUAGAACAGGUUCAUUUCCUUAAAUGCCUGAGGAUAUAUUUAUAUGUUUUUAAAUAAUAAAGAAGGAAGAACCGGAAGAAGGAAGGAAGAAAGAAAUGAAGGAAGAAGGGAGAAAGGAAGGAAGAAAGGAAGGAAGAAAAGAAGGAAGGAAAGAAGGUGACCAUUUGUAGUGGGGCUGGGAGGUAGUUCUUAGGGAACUAAUGCACUUCUUGUUAUAGCUCUUCCUCUCACAGGUGUAACCAUAGCUGCUCUCCACACCUUCCCCUGGUUUACUGUCUUUGGAGUCUAUAGCAGGAGAUGAUAAUGAAAGGAUUGGAGGGAUGUCUCACUGUAGAAUUUCCUGAGCUUGCUUUAAUGUUUCUCUUGGUGAAUACUUUAUGAAUAAAGUUGGUUUUCCUCUAAAA